AUGGCGCCAGUCACUCACCGUAGGCGAGUGAAGGUGCUGGUCGCACUGCAUGCCUGCACUCUUGCGUGCACCAACUUUGUCACUGGCAAGCGCCGGCAUGUGGCAACGCCUUGCGAGUCGCCCAAGCCUUUCGCUGGCCGUGAGGCCGUGCAGGUAAAGGCUGCAGGAACUCUCCAUCCUCCAGAGUCGCGGUGGGUUCGAGUCCCACGGCAGUUGUCUGGAGCCGUGCCUGGGACGAUCUCAGCAGGCCUCGCGGGGGCCUGCGCGGCCCUGGCAGCCCUCCCGGCUCUCCCGGCGCUCUCCCGGCUGCGCCGCCUCGGCGCCGGCCCUUCCGCUGGCGCUUCCGCCGGCGCUUCCGCCCAGCCGCCGCGGCGGCCGGGUCCCCCGAAGCCGCGCCGCGCGGGCGGCGAAGAAGGCCUCGACGGCCUUGACUUUCGAUUUCAGAAGACCCGCCUUGUCACCUUUGCGGGCAUGGUACUCGGCUACGCCGUCUAUUACUUCACUCGGCUGUCUUUCACGUAUGUGGGUCUGGCCAUGCGCAAAGACCUGGGGCUUAGCAUGGUCCAGUUGGGCACCAUCAGCUCCUUGUUUCCGCUGGCCUACAUGAACUCCAAGUUUCUGUCCGGGGUUCUGUCUGACUUGCUCGGAUCUCCGGUGCUGAUCUUCUCCCUCGGGCUGAUGCUGACCGGAGUUCUGAAUAUCGCUUUUGCGGCCGCCAGCACGGUCCCCCUCUUCACCGGGAUCUGGGUGCUGAACGGCCUCUUCCAGGGCUGCGGAGCGACUCCCUGCAACAAGAUGCUGGUCAACUGGUUCCCGGCGCGAAGUCGAGGAAAGUGGUGGAGCAGCUGGAAUGCGUCUCACAACAUUGGCGGCUUCCUCAUUCCGCUCCUCGCAGGCGGCCUGGCCGCGAGGUUCGGCUGGCGCUUUGGCAUGCUCGGCCCGGGCGCCAUCGCCGUCUUUGCCGGGCUGCUCGCCCUCCUCACCAUGAAGGACUCGCCGGAGAAAGCCGGCUUGCCUUCCGCAGAGGACUGGGCUGCCCCGAGGUUCGCGUCUUCCGACGAGGUUUCUGGGAACGCUGAGCCUGCCGUGAUCGAGGACUCCGACGAGAAGGUCUGGGAAUCGCUUCUCCGAAACCGGUUUCUCUGGUGCAUGGCAGCGAUGCAUUUCUUCAUCUACUUCAUCCGGCAGGGUGUGCUUAAUUGGGCGCACUUUUACAUCAUGGAUGAAUUCGGCGUUCCGGCCCUGGAGGCCACCGCCCGAGUCAGCGGCUUCGAACUGGGAGGCCUGCUUGGAUGCAUCGUCUCGGGCCAGGUUUCGGAUUGGCUGAUCAGCCGCUACCCAGAGCGAGGAGCUGCGGGCUUGAGAGCCCAGGUUAUGAUUGCAUACUCCUUGCUGGCGGCAGCGGCAGUCUUUUGCUUGUGGGUGGUGCCACCGCUUGCUGUCUUGCAGUGGCUGUCCAUGGCAGCGUUUGGCUUUGCCAUCUAUGGGCCGCAGACCCUCAUCACCAUGACAGGGGUGGAGACGGUCCCUCGCAAGGCAGCCGCCACGGCAGGAGGCCUGCUUGCGUAUCCCGCACAGCUGGGCUCGAUGUGCGCAGGCCUGCCUUUUGCGCUGCUGGUCCAGGAAUAUGGCUGGGGAGGCUACUUUCCGAGCCUCAUCAUCCUGAGCCUGGUGUCCUCCGUGGUCAUCAUCCCCGGGUGGAACACGCCCUCCUACCGCCAGGUUCCAAAAGCCAAUUGGAUCAAUUCGCAACGCCUCUCCAAGCUGCGUGCCCUCCAAAAACAGAUCCUUCCCGCUGCAGAUUUCUACAGAGGACCACCUCCCCAGCCCUCCCCAGCUUCUUUGACAGUCGAUCCGACUUAUCCUCGCCCCACCCACCUCCUCAUGCCUCCACCGCCCUGGGCCGCGGCGGCGACAUGCCUGGCAGCAGGCUCAACGAUCAGCGAUAAGGGAGUGGACGUUGGUGUUUUGGGGCCGUUCGCGGAUUCGGCGUUGGCGUGCGUGAGUGAGUUCCACAUCAGUUCCACAUCAGUUCCACAUGCGCAUUGUUUCCCCACCCGAACUUCCAGGUAUCCCCACGCCAGCAAGGCCGAGAUUUUGAAGGCCUUGCAGGAUCUGCAGGAGGAGUACCGAACAGUUUACGCGGAAGUGGCUGCCGCAGUGCAUGAGACGACGUCGUCGAAGGAUGGCAUAAAGCAGGGCCAAUCAGAGGAGGACUCGGAGCUUUGCCAGGUGCUGGAUCAACCCCUGCUUCAGCAUGGCCUCCGAUCUGCCACAGAGCGGGCAGCAAAGAGAUUGGGAGGCCGCAACUGGUCGGCCCAAGACUUGGAGACCGCUUUGCAGAGCUACGCAGACGAAGCCGCCGUGCGGGAGGGCUUGGCCCAACUGCAGCGGGAGCACCAGGAAGCCCUGGAAAAGGGGUGCCUGGUCUCCGAAGUCUCCGGAAGAGACGAAGCAAAAGACGGAGGAGAUGAAGGAGAUGAAGGAGAUGAAGGAGAUGAAGGAGAUGAAGGAGAUGAAGGAGAUGAAGGAGAUGAAGGAGAUGAAGGAAGGGAGUCAAGAAAGGCAAGAAAGGACCCAAGGAAGUCCGAGGCGCGGCUUCCACCGGAAGCGCUGGGGGCGCUCCGGGAUCUCUGCCGGCGCCGGCGCCACGCCCUGGAGGGGCUUCUCGGCGAGCAUGAAGAGCUGCACGCCAAAGCAGCUGGAUCCCGCGGUUUGGGACCUGAGCUGCUGGCGCGCUGCCGAGACGUCGAGGAGGAGUUCUGGCGAACUUCGGAGAUCCCCCGCCGCUCCUUCGGACCGCUCCUGUCUCUCUCUGGGCUCUCUGAGCUCUCAGAGCUGGAGGUGGCCGGGGCCGAUCGGCCAUGCCAUGUCCGGGACUUUUCAGACGUGAAAUACAGAGGAGCACGCCAUCUGCGAAGAAGCGCAAGUGGCUCCUUGGACUUCACAAACUCUUCAAGCUUUAACAGCCGUUUUUAUGGCUGCGAUGCAUGGCACCGGGUGAAUCGUGGAAGGCAGGAGGAGCUCAGUGAGGAGAGUGAUGGCGAGGCCAUCUGCAGUUUUGUGCAGCUGCAUUUCACAUUUCCAAAGACUCAUUUUGCAUCCGAUUCUCACCCAGUGCGGCAGAGUCUUGCACAGGGUGAGCAGAUCACGGUGGAGGAGUUAGAGCAAUGGAAGGAGACGCUUGCCGAGGAGGACUCUGCAGGGCUUGACCCUUCAGAAGCGGAAGUUGGGCGAUGUCGUCACGAUUCGUCACGUGUUCAGGAGAAGCGCGAGCAAAUGGAGAAGGAGGAGCAGGCGCCACCGAGCCACCUUGCAGCCGCGGUGUGCUUUGUGCCUCGCAUCUCGCGCGGGAACUUCCGAGAAUGUCAGGAAAGAAUCGCUCGAGAGGAGGAGGAGCGGCGGAAGCGCGAACGGGAAGAAGCCCAGGCGCAGAAAGAGGCCGAAGAGGCCCGAAGGGCGGCCGAGGAGGCCGAGCAGGAGAGGAGGCGGCAGGAGGAAGAUCUGAUUCCUCCUGGCGCACAUCCGCCCGACGUGCUGGGCCUCAUUCCUCCAGGCCUGAAGCCGGACAAGGCGCACUUGUACAAAACGAAUGAGUGGCUCUUCCUGCUUCUGAGGGCGGAGCAAAGCCAUAGGACAACCCAGCCGCUUCGUCUGAGGGCGGCGUCAAAAGAUGCCAAGAUCAGCGCCCAGCGGCUCGAGAGUUCGGUCUUGGCCCUUAAUCAGCAGGUCUCAGUCCCGCUGGGGAUGUUCCGGGAGUCCUAA